AUGAGCAUGGACUACCUGUCAACUCUUAUUCCGGAAUGCCUGGACCUAAUCAUCACCCACCUCCUCCUCGACAACCGACAAGCAGACGUCGCAGCCCUCCUCCAAGUCAACAAGACCCUGGCCGCCGAGGCCCUUCGACACCUCUACGCCGACCCCUUCCAACACCCCUUCCAUCCCCCUGCCGAGGAUUAUUAUUGUGGGAAUGAGGAUGAGGAAGUGGACCUAGAAAAGGUGAAGAAGGGCCCGCUGGGGACUGUUGAUGCCCUAGCGCGGAUGUUACUUGCACGUCGUGGUGUCCUUGGUUCUGUACCUGAGGUCGUGGCUGUUGUCUUUCCUGAACUCGCUGCUGUUGCUGUUUCCCAGGACACCAACACUCUUGCGAGUCCCAAUAGCAAUCCGCUCGACUACUUGACACAUAUCCGCCACCUCAACCUCUGCAUCCCUAUUGCAUACACCUGGCAGCACGAGGUCUUGCACACAGCCCCACCAGCAACUCUGGAAUACAUCCAGAAGGAAGAAUUCCGGCACACCUGUGGGGCUGAGGACAUGUUGCUCAGUUGUCGAAGACGACUUAAAAUGGUGGAUGACCCUUCGCCGUUGUAUCAUGAGUUCUUCCGGGUUCAGCUGAUGAGGGAGGUCAAUUGGAUGCUUGUCAACAGUCCCUGCGUUGUUGGAAGGAGUGAGGUUGAGGAUGAUGGGGACAGGGUGUUGUUGGGGCAGCAGUUAAAGUCAUUGGUGAUUCCGGUAUCAGAUGUGGAGCGAUAUUUGGACGCCGUCUGUCAAUUCAAGAGUCUGGAGCACGUGGGGUUCUGUCUGGAUGAGAUGUUGGAUUACCUGGAGGAAGAUGUUGAAGCAGCCUUGGAGGAAGAUGUUGAAGCGGCCUUGGAGGAAGAGGACGAGACCAAUAUCGAGCGCGAGGUUGAGGACAUCCCAGGGCUCCUGAAGAGGAAUAAAGACCGCAAGGAGCAAGCCAUGGAGGACCUGUUCAUGUUUGUCCAGGAGCAUGGACGACUCUUUCCGGGGCAGCUUAAGACGGUUACUUGUCCAGAGAGUGAGAUCUGGCAGUCUUGGGGCUGGAUUUCCUUGCCGCAGAAAUGCCCUGACGAAGUGCAGUUUCGGAUCUUGCAGUUGUUGCCGCCGCUGAAGAGACCCUCUGUGUUGUGUGAGGAGAAUUGGAUGCAGUUCUUGGCGCACCCGAGGGCGACGGAUUUGGGGACUGUGGAGAAGAUUGAUGCCUAUUUUGAGUCGGGGAAAUCGGAGACGUAUGAGAGGUUGGUUGAGAAUAGGGGGUUCUUGCAGAGGUGUCGCGGAUUGAGGACGUUGUCGAUGGGGUCUUUGGGGAAAGGGGCGUACAAGUGGGCGGUUGAGGAGAAAAAGGCUUACUUGGAGAACAACUCUGGAGGCAAGAUCAACAAUAACGACAAAGGACAGGAGAGAUCGCUGUUGCAGGAGGACAAGAUUGAGGAUCGACAUCUGUAUUUGCGACACGGUCUGGUUCCGUUGGAGAUAGCGUAUAUCUCGGGGUUAGAGGACCUGCCGCUCGAGGUCACGGACGAAAUCGACGACAUUGCCUACGCCUUCAGCGAAACUCUCACCACACUCAAUCUCAACAUACCCAAAAACCUCGACGAUAGCAUCCUCAACAACGAUGACGAGCCUACAUUACCGUGGACAAUCCGAAUCGGUCGUGGGUGGGUCGACCUACCAAACCUGCGAGACCUCUAUAUUGACGCCCGUGUCGUCGCCCGUCUAGUACUCGAUCCAGAGUUAUUGGUCCACUGUCCGAAUCUUGUGAGUCUGAGUCUUUACGACGAUUCGACGUUUGGUUACACUCCGGAGGAGGCGAUCCGUAAUGAGUGUUUUCCGGCGCUUUUGGGCAAGUGCGACUCGAUGACUCUUCAGGGGUGGACUGCGUUGACGUUUCAUCCGGAGACGCUUUCGUCGAUGCGGGAAAAGCUUGUAGAGUUGUCGAUGCGGACUGCGUUGGGGACGGACGAUUUGUGUUUUAUUCUUCCUCCUCCCCUCGGAGCGGAACAAGAAGAGGAACAGGAACAGAAGCAGGAACAGGGACGACACGAAUCUGGGUGGUAUCGCUGGACAUGGGACUGGGAACUACCAUGGCUGACAAAGCUAGAUCUCAACUCCAAAUUCGCCUACGAGUUCCAGUUCCAAUUCCUGGCCAGUUGUCCGCUCCUGGAAUCGUUGCACCUCAACAUCCAUACCAGCCUGGCGCAUACUCGAGACCUCGAUAGGUCUGUCUUGAGUAUCUCAGGAGCGAGUAAGCGGAUGAUUGUUCUGCCGAAGCUUCGAGAGCUGGAGAUGUUGGGUGGGUGGACGAUCGUCGGAGGAAAUGCGUUCCUGGAGGAGUUCCUGUCGACUCUUUGCCCGAACCUCGAAAAGCUAGUCGCCAAGCAUUGGAAUGGUGUAACCCUCUCCGGGUUCCUGUCCAUCCUGCGGAAGAAGGAUCCCAUGUCACAGAAAGCGUCUCCAUCCAUGACCCCACAGGAUGACGGACACCAAGACCCAAAAGAUUACAACAAGGUCAGGGAGAUGGAGCUGGCGGGGAGGGUGAUGCGAGGUGGGGACGACGAGAGUGAGUUGAUUACAAAUUUGGGUCUGGUCUAUAUGGGAUGGGGGAGUGAUGACGAGGUUGAAGGGGAAGUGUUGGGAGGUGUUGAGUUUUCGUUUGAGUAUAGAAAGUUUUAUGUCCUCAAGUCACCCCUGAGCUGA